AUGUGUGCCCGGCACACUCACGGUGACCUCAAUGUCCCUCAGGAGUGUCUCGAAGGGGCGGCGCACUUCCGUCGACGCGCUAAGCAGGUAAGCGUCAUUCGGCAGCGUCACGAAAAAGUGGCUGUCGCGCUUAAUGCAGAAGCUGAGGAGUGUGUUGAGGGUGGCGUCGUUGGCGUCCUCGCUGAAGAUCACGUUCUGCUGGUUGGCGUUAAUGUGCAGCCAAGUCUUUCCAUUGAAGAAGAACUCAAAGCGCUUUACAUUUGGGAUAAACUCCUUGACAAACUGCGUGUAUGUGUUGUAGGUCUCGGUGGAGAGCGGCUCACCGUGGUACAUCUGCGGCACGAACUGAAAGUCGGUGAUGAGGUCCAUAAAGAAAGUAAUGUAGUCCAUGUACCACCACAGCUCCGUCUCGCGCAACGACGGGAGCACAUUAAGCAGCUUGCGCCCAUUAUAAGCACGAUCAUCUUGGCGAUCAAUGAAGAGAUCCAUCGUGGUCAUGUGUGCAAGCACCGUGCUUUCCUCGUGAAUGCCGUUUGUCGCAAGCCAGAUGUUUUUCCCCGCCAGCAGGCUCUCGAACCGCUGCUUCUCUUCAUCCUGGAGCAGGAACUGCGGCUUCUGUAUGUACUGCGUCCCACGGCCAAGCGUUAUGAGCAGCAUGCCCUUGCGGCCCGAGUCCUGAAUGCCGAAUGGCGGCGAAGGCGCGGGAUUCUUGCGCUUGAACGGGACCGUCACGCACGUGUCGCGCAGGAACUCCACCAGUACCUCAAAGCCGGCCAGCGGGCGCGGUUUGCCCAACUCAAAUUUAAGCGGCUCCAGUGGGCGGUACGUGGUGGGGAAGAAGGACUCCUUCAGCUUCAUCAGCGAGAAGUGUGA